AAUGCUCACGGGGGAGAGGUGUAAAAAUAAAUAAUAAUGUUGCAUGAAUAAUUAAGUUGAUUUGCAAGGUCUAAGUAAUGACUUUGGCCCAUCUGUGUGAUUAAUAUGCCUCUGGAGUGAUGCUUGAUUACAAAUAUUGACGACGCUGUCGUUAACGGAGACAGUCGCUUGACCAAUGGCUGGGUGUGAGCAUCAUGACGUCACAUCCGACACUGGCGAACCUAGCUUUCAUUGUUAGUGGCUGAGGCUGUUAGUGGCUGUAGCUCGUUGUAUCGGUCAAGUGCACAGAGGGAGGCAUGGACACACGAGUGGACGAAGGCGGUCCAUCCACGCGAAACGUUUGUGUGCGCAUGCGCGGGCCGUGACGUCAGCGACAGGCGGACGCGUGGGCGACAUCGGUUAUAAGCAUAUGACGUGCACAUAGGUGUCAACUAACGUGAGCCUAUGACAAAGAGUUCUAGCUCUGUCGCGUACACGUGCGAUUCAUAGUUAAUAGAGUUUCAAACACGUUGGAUUUUACCUGUGAGAAUCUCACCUGUGGGAACGCGCAGCCGAACUUGCUCUUCAAAGUCUGUAGCGGCGACAUAAACGUGGAAAGAUUGCUAGCGGUAGGAGCGACAUAAACUCUGACGGCAGAGAACUUCGCAUCGUCAGCUGGAUCCACUGAACGCCCACGUUGCGGUUAAGCGUCACGAGCGAGCGUAACCCGCAGACGAACGAGGAGUUUUCUUCGGCGGGAAAAUGUCUUGAUUCGACCGGCAACAGGGCGUUGUCAUCGUCAUCGUCAUCGUCAGCGUCAUCGUCAUCGCCGUCGUCAUCGUCAUCGCCGUCGUCGCUGCAGACGAUAAUUUCGGCCGGUGUUAGAUGGUGUGUUGUUGUGGACGCCCGCAUGUGUCGAUCUGUGAAUAAGUGUGUUCGUCGCUGCUGAAGAUUGAUGCUAUCGUCGAUCAGCUGACUCCCACUAGAGGGCGUGGCGAUGUAGGCUGAUGCACCCAGCCAUAUAUUGGCACCAGAGCGUAAGAAUUCUAUUGGCUAAACAAUACCCAUACAAACCCACACACACGCACGAACACACACGCGCGCGCGCACACACACGCAGACGCACGCACGCACAUACAUACGCACACAUAUACACUCGCAUACUGUUAGUGGCGCCCCCACCUGCGCAAACAGGAGGCGCCACCAUCGGCUCAUAAAUGACCAUAGUGACGCCCUUCGAGCCGAUGUCGAUGGCGACGACGACGAUGUCUAGCGCGCCACCUAGCGGCACCACCGACCUGUGGUGGUCGACGCCGCCGGAGGGCGCCGCGAACGCGACGACCUUAAGCGACGACCUUGCGACGUUGUCGCUGCCAGCCAAGGUCAUCCUCACGACGCUCAUCGUCGUCUUCAUCACGAUGGCGUUCUUCGGCAACGUGAUGGUCAUCCUGACCGUGCUGCGGCACCGCGGCAUGCGCACGCGCACGAACAUGUUCAUCGUCAACCUUGCCGUCGCCGACGCGCUCGUCGCCGUGCUCGUCAUGCCAUUCAGCGCCAACACGGUCGUUCGCGGAACGUGGACGUUCUCGCGCAACUUCUGCAUGUUCAACGCCUUCACGAUGGCGUUCUUUCUCAUCGCCUCCAUCCACACGCUCAUGUACAUCUCGCUGCACAAGUACAUCUCAAUCACGCGACCGUUCAGUCGCUUCAUGACGCCGCGUCGCAUCGGAGCCAUGAUCGUCUGCGUGUGGGCGUGGGCGGCCGUCGUCGGCAUAACGCUGUUCGUGUGGACGACGGCCGGGUAUAAACCCGGGGCGAUGCAGUGCGGGCCCGUCAUCCCACGCACGCAGCGCGAGAAAGCUCACUCGCUGUUCGUCACCAUCACCUGCUUCGCCUGCCCGUUGGCGAUCAUGAUUUACUGCUACUUUGGCAUCUUCCGCGAGAUUCGGCGCCACUCGGCGCGCCUGAAGCAGCACACGCACAUGGACCCCGACCACGUCAUCGAGCAGCAGAAGCGCAUCACGAUGACGCUGCUGCUCGUGCUCUUCUGCUUCAUCCUUUGCUGGCUUCCUUACAUCGUCUACUCGAACUACGCCGCUCUGGUGUCGCGCGACAAGGAGCACAUCAGCCCGAUAUGGAACGCAGUGAAAUUCCAUGCAGCUAACAACCUGGCAUGUUGCGCCAUCUACUGGUUAGACGGUUACCUGGUCUUUUCGCCGCUGAAAAAGGGCAGCCGGCUGAAAGGUUUCUUCCCACGGGCACAGUUGUUUCCGUCGUCUGGCUUCCUGCCAACGACCAAUCAGAGGCUCGUUCGUCACGCCACCACGCGGCCCAUCAGCACAUCACAGCAGCAGCUGGUUGUCGUGCUUGCACAGUUGCCACCAACGCCACCUAACGAGAAAAGAAGCGGUAAACGCAUGCAGCUCGGUGUUUCGGAAUGCAGUAAUUAUGUGUGCAUGCUGUUCAAGUGA